CAACCCCCACCACCCCACCCAGCCAAAGCCUCCACCGUGAUGUCAUCCUCUUUCCCGGCUCCCCCGCCGCGGUACGCCGACGACCCCGGCACCUCCGUGUCGUCGUGCAUCCUCAUCAUCCUCGGGCUCUUCGCCUUCGUCGUCGUCGCCUCCUGCUCCAUCAGCGCCUGCCUCGGCCGCCGCUCCAACCGCGAGCGGCCGUCUCCCCCGCCCUCACCGCCGCCCGGGGCGCACCGCCAAGACGACGACUGGACGGCGGAGGGGAAGAAGGAUCUGAUCGACUCGCUGCCCCGGUUCACGAUGGCGUUGGCCCUGGCGGCGCUUCCCAAGAGCUCCCCGGACUGCGCCGUCUGCCUCUCGCCCUUCAGGCCCGAGGCCGAGCUGCGGCUGCUCCCGGCGUGCCGCCACGCGUUCCACGCCGUCUGCGUCGACGCCUGGCUCCGCACCACCCCGACCUGCCCGCUCUGCCGCGCCACCGUCGCGCCCCCGCACCCCUCCAUCGCCGCCCUCCUCGCCGCCGAGCAGCCGCCGCCGACGCCGGAGCCUGCUGCCGCGAGGGGCAGGGACCGCUCCAGGAGGUUCCGCGUCGAGAUGGGCAGCGUCAGCAGCCGCGGCGGGUCGCCGGCCACUUCCACCGCCAGCGACGACAGCCGCACCUACUCGCUCGGAUCCUUCGAGUACCACAUCGACGAGGAGGUCGAGGCCGUCGUGUCCCGCAUGGUGCGUGCCGCGUCCACGGCCGACACCAUCAAGGAUGAGAAACCAGCAGCCCAGGGGUCGCCGUCGCCGUCGCCGCCCGGCGAGGCGGUGGCCGAAGCGGCAGGGACGCCGCCGCGCGGCUGGCUGCGGGAGUGCAUGGACCGCGUGGCCUCCUCGGCGUCAUCCUUCUCCUACUCCCUCUCUGCCCGGUGGAGCCAGAGCCAGCAGGGCCACAGGCAGGAGGAGCCGUGGCUGUGGGACGCAGAGGCGGCAACGGUGCCGCCGCCGCCGCCGCCGCCGGGGUCGGACGAGGAGGUGGAGACGACGUUCAUGGUGCUGUACCGGUGGAUCGCCGCCGUCUGAACUGAACAUAAUGAGUGAAAGUACCGGGGCCGUCGUCAGGUCAGGUGAAUCCAACGUUUUGGAAGCUUCUGUUGACCCUGGCACAGAAUGUAGGUGCACAUAGGAGUUGGGAUCUUGGAACAUGAGCAGAGAAUUGCAGGCAAGGGUAGAUUUGUUCCUUUCUCUAGACUAGCUUUUACCUUACCAUGGAUGUAGCUGUGCCAUGGAGAGUAUGUGCGUGUGUGUGGCGACUAGCGACAUGUCAGUAUAGGUGCUACCAUGCAGUCUUUACCUCAAGGGCAGAGGGGAAAAUGGUGCUGAAAAUUGGGAUCAAAAUCCGCUGGAUUGGUUCGCUCUACUCUUGCAAUGUUAUAAUAUCGUACUAUAUCUAAU